AUGGAACUUGCUUCUAGCCCUUUGAUAAGUUUCAAGCCUAUGGGUGGUAUCUGCGAGAGUUUCUGUGGUAUUCAUCCUUAUUGUAAUGACACCAACCGUCAAGUUAUUGCCUACCACUACUGCCAUAUGAUUGAUGAAGACAGGCGCCAAUGCCUUGUCUAUGACAGUGAUUCUGUAGAUGCUAAAUUGAUUGCUGUCGAAUAUAUCAUCUCUGAGGCUCUCUUCAAGUCACUUCCUGAACAAGAGAAAAAAUACUGGCAUUCUCACAAGUACGAAGUUGAAAGUGGUCUCCUUUGUAUGAAUGCCAAGAGCCUGGUGCCUGAUGCGGUUACUUCCACCAUUGAAAAGGGUCCUCUUGAGAUUCUUGUCAACACAUAUGGUAAGACUUGGCAACUUUGGCCUGUAGAUGACGACGGUAAUUGCUCAUCCAAAAUUCCUAUGGGCCCUCCUCAGCUCAUGAUGGCUUUUACAGCUGAUGGUCAAGUGAAGCCAGAGUUAGUGGAACGUCGUGAUAAACAAAUGGGUAUCUCUACUGAAAAGAAGCGUGCAGAAAGAAAGGACGUUAUCAAAGGUAAUCCAGUAGCAGAAGGUGCCGAUCAUUGGGAAAAGGGUAAGCCUUUCCAAAUCCCUACUGAUUUGUAA